AUUCUCCGUGCCGCCGCCUCGUGUUCGUCCGACUCGACCAGCAUGGGAAUGGCUCGCAACAAUACGACGAAGGACGACACUCAAGUUGCGAAGAAGAAGGAUGGUGCGAAGAAUAGCAAGCAGAAUGCCAAGCACGAGGCCGUCGUCGACUUUGCCUCGAUUGACCACCCGUACGUCGUUGUGUUGAACAAGAAACUCCGAUCGUUCAAGAAGAAGCAGGAAAAGAUCAAAGCGCUUGAAGAUUCAUUGCGAGGACAAACGAAGCAAUUGAACGAGCAGCAAUUGGAGGUCUUGUCCAAUAAGGGAUUUGUCGACAAGAUGGUCGUGGAACUGGAAACGUUGCGCCAGCAAUUUGUCGACACUGUCCUCGCGAACACGCCAUCAACUGAGGCGAAGACCGUCGAAGAGACGAAGGAAAUUUUGCCGUCAGAAGACGGAGACGUGUCUUCGUUGAACCACUUGAAUGAAGAUGUGUCCGACGGCGGCAAAGAUCCUGUGGACGAUUUGGAGGACGAAGACAAGGCUGCCUCCGUGAACUCUGUUACGUUUGCCUCAAAUGCUGCCUCGAAUUCGAUUGACCUCGACGAGGAAAAGCUGGAAUUUGUCCAUUCUAUCCUGAAACUGCUGCAUGCCGUUAGCUUGCACCAAGCACUCGGUCAUGAUGUUCCCAUGGCGCUUGACUACUUUGUCAAGGUUCUCGUGGGUGUCACUCGUCCCCCAGCGGAAGUGUCAUUCCCCGAAAACUUGGCCGAAUCCCUUGAAGAAGCUAAGCGAUACGUCUUGAAAAGUGACAAGAUUUUGGCAUGCGAUAUGUCGUACCGACAACUGUCAGAAGCGGUAGACCACUUGGUUGCGCCCCGACCUCCUGUUCAGAAAGAGGUUCUUGAGGUCGUUCCUCAAAUCAACUUCUUCACGGAGUCCGAGCUCGACAAGGACACCACUUUGGCCAGAACGUCGGUUGAUGCGACACAUCGACGUGGCGACGACGAAUCGUUUGUGGUGGUGGACGUCGUCGACAAACCCGCACCGGUGCCUCAUUCAAGCAAGCCACGACCAUACUCUGGCAACCGCCGCAACAAAAACUCUCCUCGUGAAGGUCCCGGCGACCACGACAAAGAACGAAAGCCACGCAAGGUAUACCAACCACGAAACAAAGGACCUAUCGGCGAGCAACCGAAUGAGCAGAACAGUGGGAACUCACGCAACGCCGCGCCUCCACGUGCCAACCCUAAAGCGGCUGGCAACGACGGCGAAAAGCAACAGCGACCUACGACUUCGCGUCGGUCGAACAAGCAAGGCGGGGACCGACCGCGACCCAAGAAAGUCGAGCAGGAUGUGUCGCCCUGAGUGGACUAGCAUGAUUAGGCCUAGCGAGCGGGCGGCAGUAAAUAGACCAUGUCGUUGCGCUCGAUGUUUAGUUGCUGGGGAUAAUAAUGGCAACUUGUGGAGUGCUUCUCAAGAAUAUUAUUUUCCAGAGUAUUCGACCCACAAAGAAAUAUGAUGAACUGCAUAACUGCA